GUCACGUUGGCGAAUUUUUCCUGUGAAACUCAGUUCACCUGUCGGUUCAAGGGCACAACUUAUCCUUACGAAAUUCAACGAACUCCUUCACGAGCAUCUCACGUCUAUGGACUCUGCUAUAUCGCAGCUACAAAAAUACAUUCCGUUUGACGCGUCCCAACGGUCUUUGUGGAUUUCGAUAGCCUCAAUUGCGUUCAAUCCGACUGCGUGGAACAUCGUUGCCAGAAAUGAACAUCGAAACCGUACUUUGACUCGCAAAGUAUUUAGAGGAAAUGCACGUAUGGGAUGUUACUUCCUCACGGUCCUGAUAUUUUCGUUUGGAAUGUUGAGGGACUCUCUGUACACACGAGCGCUAAUUGAACAACCUAAAAAAGCCAUCCUCCCCCAACCUUGGGACACUAUCGUUCCAGCAGCUUUGGCUAUUAUUGGUCAAAUCUUCGUGCUGACCUCGACUUGGCAAUUGAGUAUAACAGGAACCUUCCUGGGUGAUUACUUUGGAAUCCUCAUGGACUCCAAAGUUGAGGGCUUCCCUUUCAAUGUUUUGCGAGAUCCAAUGUAUGUUGGAAGCACGAUGUGCUUUGCUGCUGGUGCCUUAUGGUAUGAACGUCCUGCUGGGCUUUUGAUUACCCUCUAUGUCUACAUUGUCUAUGUUAUUGCCUUGCGAUUCGAAGGACCGUUCACGGACAUGAUUUACUCUACACGCGAAAAGUUGAGGGCCGGAAGUGGGGUUGAGACCAAGAAGGAACUCUAGAUGGUUUUUUCCCUCAAUCUGCUAGAACUUUUCCCAAAGAAACGUAAUACUAUAUACCAAGUAAUCAGGCCAUGCGAUAGAUGGAUGCUGGAUGGAUGUUAUUCGAAGUUCAACAAAUUCGAAUAGUUUUAGUCUGAAGUCUUCAUGAAAACUUUUGUGAAUAUGCAUUGUGCCCGGAAUUCUGAUAUGACGUGAUUCUCUGCCCAUUCAGAAUCCGUAUGAAGUAUACACGA